GCCAUCUUGUCUGCAGGCAGAUGCUUUUGGUUGGAGGACCAACCGAGCGGGACCGACCGGAAGCCUCGCUCUCCUCUUGGCAGAGGAAACUGCUGUUGUUGACACUUCGCAGCGACAAUGGCAACCGAAGUGAGACAGGAACUUGCACAGCUGAUGAACUCAAGUGGAUCUCAUAAAGAUCUUGCUGCCAAAUAUCGACAGAUUUUGGAGAAGGCCAUUCAGUUUACAGAUGCAGAUCAGCUGGAUUCCUUGAAGGCCUUUGUUGAAGCAAUGGUCAAUGAAAACGUAAGUCUUGUCAUCUCAAGACAGCUACUCACUGAUUUCUGCACACAUCUGCCCAACUUGCCCGAUGCCACGGCCAAAGCGGUGUAUCACUUCACCUUGGAAAAGAUUCAGCCAAGGGUCAUAUCAUUUGAGGAGCAGGUAGCUUCAAUCAGACAGCACUUAGCAACCAUUUAUGAAAAGGAGGGGGACUGGAGAAACGCAGCGCAAGUUUUAGUUGGAAUACCUCUAGAAACAGGACAGAAGCAAUACAAUGUUGACUAUAAAUUGGACACAUACCUGAAAAUCGCCCGUCUCUACUUAGAAGAUGAUGAUCCAGUGCAGGCAGAGGCCUACAUCAACAGGGCCUCGUUGCUUCAGAAUGAGUCCUCUAACGAACAGUUGCAGAUACACUAUAAGGUGUGUUAUGCACGGGUCCUGGACUUCAGGAGGAAGUUCAUUGAAGCUGCUCAAAGAUACAACGAGCUGUCCUAUAAAUCAAUUGUACAUGAGAGUGAACGUCUGGAGGCACUGAAACAUGCUCUUAACUGCACCAUACUGGCUUCUGCAGGCCAGCAGCGUUCCCGUAUGCUGGCCACCCUAUUUAAGGAUGAGCGCUGUCAGCAGCUGGCUGCCUAUGGUAUCCUGGAGAAGAUGUACCUGGACCGUAUCAUCAGAGGAAACCAGCUGCAGGAGUUUGCUGCCAUGCUGAUGCCUCACCAGAAAGCCACCACAGCAGAUGGAUCCAGCAUCCUGGACAGAGCUGUGAUUGAACACAACCUACUUUCUGCUAGUAAACUGUACAACAACAUCACUUUUGAAGAACUAGGAGCGCUGUUGGAAAUCCCCCCUGCAAAGGCUGAGAAGAUCGCCUCCCAGAUGAUCACUGAAGGACGCAUGAAUGGCUUCAUUGACCAGAUUGAUGGCAUUGUACACUUUGAGACACGGGAGCCCCUUCCUACCUGGGACAAACAGAUUCAGUCUCUGUGUUUCCAAGUCAACAACCUGCUAGAAAAGAUUCGUCAGGCGGCUCCAGAGUGGGCCGGGCAGGCUAUGGAAACCCAGAUGACCCAGUAGACAUCCCUACCCAUCCCAAAACUGUCCUAAACUGCUCCAUCAGAGCCCCUCCUAAAGUUUUGUCUUCCUCCUCAGCAAUAUCACACUUGAGGUCUAGUAAUGGAAGGGCCCUGCGAGAACCCUCUGGUAUCGCCAUCACUUGUCUGAGAGGCUUCUCUCCCAGAGAGCACUGAUGUAUUCACGUAGUUCAGUGUUUCUCAGUAUUUCAGAUCUGUCUGACAUAGCUGUCAUCACAGCAGAGGUAUCAAGUCAUCUGUGUGGGAUAUGAUUAUUCAGAUCGUUGUCAUGUCAUAGGGUCAGAAACAAGUAAAAACAUACAAACA